AUGAAAUUUGGACCCAAAACGACAAGAAAGAUAUUAUUGGUGUUAGUUCUUUUGUUCACGCUAACUGGUUUGCUAUGGACUUCGAAAAAAGCAACAGUCAAAUACCCAUCUCUUGAUAAGGGUAAAUAUCCAACUUUGGACAAGAUCAAAGGGUUUUAUAAUGACAAGAUUUCUGCAUUUCAAAAGAAGCCUAAUGAUCAUUUAGUAGUAUAUCCUCGUUCAUUCUCUUCUGAGUCGAAAGAGAAGUUGGAAGAUCACUUCAACACAUACUUGGGAGGAAUAACAGGAAAUUUGAAAGUUCUCAGCUACAAUGGACCAAAAUCACCUUUGACGAAUAAAAUCAGAGAAGAUAAAUAUCACAAGCAUGAAAUUUCGUUGUAUGAUUCAGUAAGAGACAUCGGAGGAGAUGUUGACAAAUGUCAGCCUGAUAUCAAUAAGAAAAUUAAACUAGAUGUCACUAAUUCCAAUACCUUUGGAUUUUCAUUUGAAAAAAUAGUCAGAAAAUUGGUUCAGCAGUUAAAGGAUGACCCUGCUAUUCUGGAAUUGAAAGGUUUCUUCAAUGAAGAUUUGGAGAAGCAUCUCGAAGAGGGAAAAACAGGAGAUCAUUGGUUUAAGUUUGCAGGAACCUCAGUAUGGUUGGAGCAAUAUGGUGUACACUUCAUGAUCUCAAGAAUGAUGUAUAGUCCUCCUGGGCCUAAAAAAAGAAGUGUUUUGAGUUUAUUAUAUGGUCAAGUCUACGAUGAAGAUUGGAAUGAAAUCGAAAAUAUCGACUUGAUCAUGCCAUCAUCUGAUUCCUUAACCAACGACAAGAGCUUCAGAAGCAUUAAUUUCCCAAGUUUCUUACCAAUACCAUUCUACCAUGACGCCAACUAUCUUCUGAAAAGGUUUUAUGGUCCUGAAGAUGCUAGGAUGUUGCUAGUAAAGAAUGACAAUGGUAUUGAAGAACCCUUGAUUGUUUUCAACGCUUAUCAUCGCAAGGGUUCUGAUGAAAUUAAGAUUGACGAAGCUUCAUCAAGUAUCAAAUUUGAGUAUUAUAGAUCGAUGUUUGUUGGAUGGCCAUUUCAAUUUCAGUUGGGAAAACAAAAUGUUGAUGGUUCACUGAAUCCUAAGCAUGCCAAUAAUGAAUACACAAAAAUUACCGAAUUAAGGAAUAUAGCAUCUCCUAGGUUAAAAGUUCAAAAAAAUUGGACUCCGUUUGUAAGUAAUAAGGCUCGCCAAGUCGAUGGGUAUGACAAGAAUAUCUAUUUUGUUUACAGAUGGCAAAGCUUGGAAAUUAUGAAAUGUCAAUUAACAAGCAUUACUGAUGUUUCACAAUGUACAUUUGAAUAUAAACGAGUAGAUGACUUACCAAUUGAUGCAAGUGUUGGCGAUUUGCGAGGUGGAACUGAAUUGAUAAGUAUAAAUAAUAUAUUCCCGUCACUAGAUAGUCAUUUUAAAUCUGAUACGGAAGUCUGGGUUGGAUUCUCAAGAGCCCACAUCAAGAGCUGUGGAUGUGGAAGCAGCAUGUAUCGCCCAAAUUUAGCAAUCCUUUAUAAGGAUGGAAAUAAAUUCAAGAUUUCGCAGUUGAGUGAAUUUUUCUCUCUAGAUGUUAAGGUCACCGGUUGGUCCGACCCUGAAAAAGUAUGUCAGUCUAGAGAGCCAGACGCUUUGAUACCGAAUGGUAUCUCAUCGUGGGAUGUCAAUAGCCACAUGUCUGGAUUAGAGCAAGUACAUGAAGAUUACAUUACUCUAAUAUUGUCAGCAGGGGACGCUGUUGAUCACAAAAUCCACAUAAAAAAUUUGCUCAAAGCAAUUAUUGGUCAAACAUCGUUAUUAUCAUCCAAGGAAGAGAAUGGCUACAAUGAUGAUCUUGUCCUUUGUUCACUUAGGUAUUCAAAAGAUUUUUGUGCUGCGUAUGGAAAAGAACAAUUGAAGGAGAACUAA